AUGACGCCGGUGGUGGCGGGGGUGCCUGGGAGAAGGCAGAGUGCAGCCCGGGGGGUGGGCAGCCGCUGCUGGUCGCUGUGGGGUGCCACCCAGCCGUUGAUCCAGGGGCGAGGCUUCCACACCCCAGCAGUCGCCUCGCCACCCUUCUUCAACCUCAACUCACCCCAGGAGGCUCAGGAAACCAUCCAGAUCCCUCACAACGAGAGCGCGCCACUGCUGGUGGACGUGCAGGUGUUCGUGUCAAACGUGUUUAACGUGGACAUCCUGCGGUACACAGUGUCCUCCAUGCUGCUGCUCCGGCUGUCCUGGCUGGACACACGCCUGGCCUGGAAUGCGAGUGCACACCCUCGGCGUGAGGUCACGCUGCCCUGGGACUCGGUCUGGACGCCAGGACUCUCCAUCCAGGAGGCGCUCUGGGUAGACUGGCAGGACGAGCACCCGCGGGUCCGAGUGGACCAGGAUGGCCACGUGGAGCUCUACCUGGCCCUCACCACCGAGACCAACUGUGACUUCGAGCUCCUUCACUACCCCAGGGACCAGAGCGACUGCAGCCUCAGCUUCUACGCUUUCAGCAAUUCUGUGACGGAGCUGGAGUUCAGGGCCACAGCGGUGAACGAGAUCGUGAGUGUCAAGAGAGAAUAUGUAGUUCGGGAUCUGAAAACUCAAGACCCACCUCAGAAGCUGGUGCCCUGCUUCCGGGUGACGCUGUGCCUGCAGAACACAGCGCUCAAGGCCAUCAUUGCGCUGCUGGUCCCCGGGGAGGCACUGCUGCUGGCCGACGUGUGCGGGGGGCUGCUGCCCCUCAGGGCCACCGAGCGCAUCGCCUACAAGGUGACCCUGCUGCUGGGCUACCUCGUCUUCCACUCCUCCCUGGUGCAGGCCCUGCCCAGCUCCUCCUCCUGCAACCCGCUGUUCAUUUACUACUUCACGGUCCUGCUACUGCUGCUGUUCGUCAGCACUGCGGAGACCGUGCUGAUGGCUGCGCUGCUGGUCCGGGGCAGCGUCGGGGUCAAGAGCAGCCCCAGCCCAGCCCUGAAACAGGAGCAGCGGGACCAUGGCAAGCCAGCGCCCCGUCCUGAAGAAGGCUCCCAAGGAGUAAAGGGGUCGAGGAGGAGCUGGGCCGAGGCUGUUGACCACAUCUUCUUCCUGUUGUACGUGGUGGGGGUGGUGUGCAGCCAGCUCAUCUUCGCUGGACUCUGGAUGUGGGCGACGUGCAAGUCUGACCCUGCCCCUGGCGAGGCCUCACCCCACGGUGGGCAGCCCAGGCUGUAA